AUCUAUGGGCUCUUGUGAACAAUGCUGGAGUUCAGAAAGGAUUUUCUGUCGAACUUACUGGAAUAAUUGAAUUCAAAGACACUAUGGAAGUCAAUGCUAUUGGUCUCGUCCGUGUUACUAAAGCCUUUUUACCUCUGUUAAGACAGACGAAAGGUCGGGUCGUCAACGUGACCAGUUUAUCAGGGCGAGUUACUAUGCCCCAUCUUUGUUCUUACACCAUGAGUAAGUUCGCAGCAGUAGCUUUCACCGAGUGUCUGAAACAGGAAAUGCAAGUAUGGGGUGUCAAGGUGAUCUCCGUGGAGCCAGAAAUGUUCGCGACUCCUAUAUACGACAGCGCUCUAAAGCAUAUCGAUGAAACAGUUGCCUCUGUGGAGAACCAUGUAAGAGCUGAUUAUGGCAAGACAUUUUUAAAUUGUUUAAAGCAAUGGGUUGCGUCUGCUCGCAUUAUGAGUUCCAGCAAAGUAAAUAUCGUCACAGAUGCUCUGGAAUCUGCAGUAGCUCUGGAAUACCCGGAUGCAGUAUACAAACCUUGCCGGAAUCUCGGAGUACGAAUGAUGUGGUACAUUUUGGAGAACUUCCCAAGAAGCACUGUCGACUGGCUUAUGCGCUGCGCAUUUUCUUUAGGGUUAUGGGUAUUACGGCACCGAAAGAAGCUGAAAAUAUCUCAUAAUAGUGAUUAAAAAAAGAUAAAAUACUUGACCUUUUGUUUAAUUCCAUAGGAUUAUAUUGAAAAUUUAUUUAUAUAUUAUCAUUGCUGACAAAAAAAUGCACUCAAUUGAAAUGACGAAAGAAAGUUUGAAAAUGUUUCUUUGCUGAUCGUAUACUUUACAGAUACCUAACAUUUGCAUCAAAAUUAAAUGACAAUACAAUUCUCUAAAUUAAAUUUAGAAUUAAAAUUCGCAACAGAUAUGCGACGUAUUUUAAAAAAGAUGGCGGAUUAGAUUUAAAAGACAAAAUAGUUCACCGAAACAACCAAUUCAUUCAAUGACAUUCAGUAUCCCAGUAUGAUUGAAAGCCAAAAGUCAAGGCGCUGAAAGACGUGUGAGGGUAAAAAAAAAUCUUUAAUUACAAAUAAAUUUCAGUAAUUUCACAAAAGAGUGACCGCUAAUCAUAAUGAAUGCCACACAACGGCGAUAAGGUGCGUACACGAUAUAUACUGGAGUAUAUCUGGUACACUGUGAACGGCUACAGCAACGAAUGAAAUUCUAGAGACGAUUUUCUCACAAGAUUUAGAGCAAUCUUUUGAGUUCUUCCUACAAAACGAAACCGAGACUCGACAUAAAGGAAGAUUCCAUGGCAUGGAAUCACAUCGUUCAAAAGUCUGAAAUGGUUUGAACGUUGACAUCAAGAUAGCUUCUUCGUUUUUGUCAAAAAUGGCCUGGUGGUGUAUCCUAAUAGAAUAGUAUAUGCCUCUGGAUGUUUUCAGUAGUAUAACUAUUAUAAUUAUCGUAAGAUUUCAUGACCGAAAAUAUCAUACUUCAUACUAUUGAAAUUGUAUGACGUAUGAUAUGAAUCAAGCAUACUAACAUAGACGACGAUUCAUGUCCAGAUUUUUAUGUAGAAGUGCUGCUGUUACUACAGAUGUCUGCUUCCACGUACAUGUGCAUUAUGUGUGCAUUGGUACCCAAUCGCGUUUGAACUUUACUUCAUACAGAAGAAGAACAGUUGCCAAAACAUUCAGCUGGGCUGUACUCUGUUGCAGAAAUGAGCGAAGUCCACACUACGAAGAUAAUCCGAAACAGUCAAAGUUUGUCCUUUUUGAAACUGAUAUGGAUGCUUUAUCACGAAAUUCUUGUUCCCUCGUGUAUUGUUGCACAUCAGUGCUACGCCCCUCAUUUUUCUUAUAUGUCCCUCACAGAAGAUCUACCGCGCAUAGAAAACUGUUCUUCCAUAAGCAGUGUUUUCCCACCGAAUGACCUUCAUUAUCAUUCGUUUCUGCUGUCGGCAUCAUUCUUUUUGACAUUCAGUAUCAUUCUUGAACGAUCAGCAUCCGACUAGGUAGUGAGGAAAGGAUCCAGAAUCUUAUAGCUGGUGAUGCAAUAGUGAUGAAAUACUUUAGGGUUGGGAAACCGGUCUAUUCGGAAAUGCUGCGUGUUCAAUCGUUGCUCUUUGCUUCUCUGGUUUGCUGCUCCGAUUUUUAAUUGAUUUAGAAGUUUAAGCUUAGAAUGAUAGUGUGUACAAAAAAAGGCGCUUUUAUGAUUGGUGGUGAGAAAUACCUUUACAUUUUGUUCUUAAACAUGUACUCUGUGGCCACAGGUAAUCGCUUCGGUGUGCUCUACGAGUUUUUGAAGUAUGCACCAUUAUUUUGGACAACCUUGUAUUUACUUUCAUGUUCUUCUAUGAAAGGAAUGUCACUCAUUUGAUCGAUAUUUCAUUAAUGGUUUAAAUAUCGAGGGCGAUAUAAGUGCAGCAUCAAAGAGAGUUUCAUACAAUCUAUUCAAAACCACAACCUUUAUUUACAAUACAAACAUCCAGUUAAUUUUGCCAAUUCACAUAUUGAUGAUAAUUACGUCAAAGUGACGAUAUGCCUACCAAAUCGUUUGUACCAUGAUCUGUAGACCAGUAAUCUCCUCUGCAUAAACAAAAAUUUUUGUUAAAAAUUCAUGUGCUUUUAGGUGUGGGUUCAUGUGGAUCAUGUAGUAUUCCUUCACGGAUUUAACCAAUGUACUAAAUGGAAUGGAUAAUUUGGCUAUAGCAAUGCUAAGCAUUCUAUUCCCAGUGCCGAUCCUAAACCUGACCAUGUGCAAAUUAAAAUUGCCCCCCCUCUUUUACAGAAAUAUGAUAUAUUAUUUGAUAAUUAUUUGGCUGCCCACGUGCUUUGCACCAUCUUGCGCCCCGCUAGGAUUAACCCUGCCUGUUCUUUGGACCAAAAAAACAUAUCUUUUAUUUGGCUCUACGAGAAACGAUCUUCUCAUGCAGGUUAUCUGCCUAAGAGAAGGCAGACUUCGUGAACUUUCCUGAAGACUAAACGACACAGCUUCGAAUUCACGUUACACACUAGAAGAAUCACGAAAAUAUCUAUUCAAUUAACCAGGUUUUGAAUCUGAGUCAAAUUAGCAAUGUUCAGGUGUCUUAUUUACUCAGCCAUUAGUGGGUUCAAAUGGAAUGAAAUGGAAAUGAAAUUUCUUCCUAUGUUGCUAUAUUUAUGGAACGCCACGUAACAAACAGCUGAAGGUAAAAUUUUAAGUUUAAAAAAUGAUCGCCUGUUUACUUCUGACUUGUAUAAAUAAAUAAAUACAACAUAAAAUAAGAUGUGUCUAGUUUUUAAUUUGUAAGAAUUAUGUGAAUUUUAACGGCCAGAAGAUGUCGCUUCAUCUUGUUACGUCAAUAUCUGUUUACAUUUAUCAGUUUAGUUGUAGACCAAAAGAGAUAGAUAAAUAAAUAUUUAUUUGAAUGUAA